GCAACUCGUUCAUCUUCUGACAAAUAUAAUAAAUAUAACUACACCACAAAGAAGAAAAGAAAAUGUUAUUAAAAUUAAAUUGACCAUCAUUUCACGCCUCUCGCAACGGCCGUUUCGAGAUAAACCAAAGUGCAAUAAAUAUAGAAAAAGCGCUUUGCGUUCAUGUCACACACUAACCAAGCCUCCUCCUGCAUUUUAUUUGCUACUGCUCCUCCGCCACCGCCUCUGCAUCUGCAUCCGCAUCAGCUGAAUUGCUACUAAAACCACAAUCGUGACGCUGCUUCUACUGGUUGUUAAAUCCUGAGAGUGAAAUGAUAAAAUCUACUACCAACAUACAGGAACAGCGUCUGCCACGCCCCGAGGAUCAACAACAGACGCCGCAGACGCCAACACAUCCGCCUCCUCAUCCUCCACCUCCGCAUCCAGUGCCCACGCAUCAAGUUGCUGCCGUAAUAGCCAAUAUGGACUCUUUGAAAACCGCCUUUCUGCCCAAUCUCAGCAUGGAUCCGAAUGUGCUUGCUCCACACUAUUGUCCCAUGUGUCAUCAGCAGUUUGAUCGUGCGCAACAUGCGACAGAGCAUAUGCAACUCUGCCAUGGCCUCAAUUUAAAUCCCCAAGGAGCCAUUACAACGCUGGAGGCUGCGCAGCACCAGCAACAGCAGCAGCAGCAACAACAACAGCAGCAGCAGCAACUAAAACCCAGUUAUCCUUGUAGCAAUUGUGAUGAAAAAUAUGGCAGCGCCGUAGAACUGGACGAGCAUCAUCGGAUGUCGCAUCAGGCGACUGCCUUUCUGGCCCGCUGCAUUGUAUGCACCAUUUAUGGUGUCAAUUCGGCCACACAGAAUCCCAACGAAUACAAGUGCUCGCACUGUGGUUCCGUUUGCACCGCAGCCAUGUUGGCAGCGGGACAGCAAUCGUUCAUGGAGCAGCAAGAGGCGCCGGUGACGCCUGAUGAUAUGCCGGCCAUAGCACCGCGUGAUAUGAGACUGACCCCCGAAGAGCAGCAUCACCAACAGCAACAAUUGCAACAACAGCAGCAGGAGCAACAUCAUCAAGCGCAUCAGCAACACCAGCAGCAACAGCACCAACAGGACGACCUCACUGAUGCCCAGGUGGCGCUUAAGGUUCCUCCGCUUACAGUCAAACUGAACAAAAAUAGCAACAAUGGCGGCGCCUCGCAUCCGCAGGUCAUCAUCAAAGAGGAACCACUCAGUCUCAGUGAUAGCGGCGAUGUGGUUAGCUCUGUUCCCGUCUAUGCCAUACAAGCGAAUCCCGGAGCCAGCGGCCAGCCGGGCGGACAACCAACAACUGCUGCACCUGGCGGAGGACCCGGAGCCACAACAAGUGUCCUGGUCAGCACGCAAACAGUGGCCGCUGAUCUUGCGCAUAAAAUACGACACAAAUGUCCGGAUUGCCCAAAAACUUUCAAGACACCCGGCACGCUGGCCAUGCACCGUAAAAUCCACACAGGCGAAGCAGACGCCACGCCUAAAGAACGCCCCUACACGUGCUCCUACUGCGGCAAGUCCUUCACUCAAUCGAAUACACUAAAACAGCACACUCGCAUACAUACAGGUGAGAAACCAUUUAGAUGUGGAUAUUGUGGCAGGGCGUUCACUGUUAAGGAUUACCUGAACAAACAUUUAACGACUCACACGGGUGAAAAGCCGUUUCACUGUGGAUACUGUGAGAAGUCCUUUAGCGUUAAGGACUAUCUCACCAAACAUAUACGGACACAUACGGGCGAAAAGCCGUAUACCUGUCCGUAUUGUGACAAGCGUUUUACGCAACGCAGUGCACUCACCGUGCAUACGACGAAACUGCAUCCGCUCUAGGGAAGACCCAGCGGGGGACGCCUACUCACUGUUGACCCAAAGAAACAAUCAAGCUCAGCGGCUUAGACAACACACACACAUACACACACAGACACACACACACACCCAGAUACACUGAUCGAAGAUCGAAGAAGACGAGAGAGAUCAAGGAGAGAGAAAACCAAUAGCAACAAAGUGAAACCUAAAAAGCAUAAAAAAAUGAAAGACCUUUUCAAAGACGAAUCGAAGGAUGGAAUUAGAGAGGAGAAGAAUCAACCCAAUCAACGACUGGCGAACCUUCAAUGUGCUGGUAGAUUCUAAAUUAGAUGAUUUUUUUCAAACAAAGAUUGUAACGAAAGAAACAAACAAAAAAAAAAACAAGAAAAAUUCAAAAAACAAAAAAAAAAUGAAACAAAGAAAGUUGUACUAAAAAAAAAAAAAGAAAUAAGGAAGAAACCAAGAAAAACUAGCUAAGGAUGAGUUUUAUUGUUUAAGUUUUUCAAUUUUGAUUUAUCAAAUAAUUUUUGGUUAUGUAGAUGUUUGCUAUAUUAUUUUUCUAUGUCCAUAUCAUAUUUUA